UUGCGCAGUAUUCAUUUUUCUAUUUCUGCGGAUAUCUCCAUUGAGGUAUAUGGUCUAUUUUCGUCUCAUGUGUAUGUAUUAAGGUUAUUCAACUAUUUAAGCUGGUCUACAGUAUGCAAGAUGUACAUUACGGGAGUUUAUCUAUUUGCUAUGUGGGGCGGUUCUCUGACACUUCUUCAAAGUACACUGACCCAGAGCUUGUCUCCUCUUAAGGAGGAUAGAAGCCAUGUGCUAGUCGUCAAAGAGCUCAUUGAAAACUCGAAAUCGGAUGGGCUCUUACAUGUAAUAAAGUUUUGCAAAAAGGUGCCAGGGUUGCGACAUCUGCUGAGGGAUGUGCCGUUCGCCUCUACUUGGCGUCUUUUCAGUUCUGGUGGCACGGAACAAGUUGAAGAUAUUCACUCUACUAAAAUGGCUUCUCAUCAAUCUGGACAAGCUGUCAUCUGGGCCACCGAAAUUCUCGGGAUUUUGGCCCUUUCAUCAUACACAGAAGAUAGUCUGGGCUCAGUACAGCAUUCCCUUGGGCGAAUACUAAGCAAAUUUGAUGAAGUCCUUGAGGCCUCCUCGUUUCCGAGAACGAUUUCUCUUAUUCGCAGGAGCACAGCACCUUUACUUUCCCCUGACUCGAGACGGCUUCUGCCGUACUACAUUGCAAAUUCACCAAUUCCGAGUGUGAGCACCAGGUCCUCAAGGACCACCACGACCACGCAGACUGCUGACUCAGUAGAUUGGCUGCUCCUCGGUCUCUCAACAAGUCUUUCGGCAGAAGACGAAGAUGAGGAAGAAGUUGAUGUUGACGUGGAGGAGAAUCACAGACAAACGGCGGUCUGUCGACACAUUUUUCAUGAACCCUUGCUGCAAUCUCAGGAACGACCCUCUAGUGUCUGUACAGCAGAGAACGAUAUUGAUGAGGAAACAAUGACUGGUGAUCGUGACGUAAUGGAAGCUGUGCAGAGGAGCAGCGAGGGCAGCGUCCGAAAUGGACCCCGUCGUGCCUGGGAGAGUUUCCCCACUUUUAAUCAUUGUACUUCAGACGCGAGUCCUGACACCUUCCACACAAUGAUGGCAGGUCAACCACAUAGGCGACGUCCUGUAUCAUCUACGUCAGAUAUGUCACAUUCGACCGCGGUUUCUCAUUGGGCCGUCCGGCGACUCCAACCUCUAUUACAAUCGCGGUUGCUUUCCUCCGGUUCUCAAUCAACAACUCGUGACCAAGUUACGCACCGAACAGGCUCCGGUGACCUUGUGUUUCCCUCUACCGCUGUUCCCACGGGAAAUGACGUUAACUUGGCUGCUCUCUGCAAACGAAUUAGUGAAAUUCAGGGCGAAGCCCAAGCAAUCGCACGUUCGUUGGCCUUAGUCAAUAUGGCGCCAACUCAAACAUCGAAUAACGAACAAAGAAGGGCCAAGGAGACAUCUUCGAACAAUCGAAGGCAUGCCGACGGUGAUACAAAUCACUAA